AUGACCGUUCAGAGAUAUUUUUCACCAACUAUCAAUGUCGCUAAUGACAAAACUCACUAUAGCGAAACAAAAUUGACUACUCAAUAUCGUUAUGUCAAUUCGGUCGUGGCUAAGAGUGAGGUUGAUGGGACUCUAGAGGUGAGACCUACGGCGCAGGACUAUGAGUUUCAAGUUGAUUUGAAAAUUCCAAAGAUUGGUGUUAUGCUUGUCGGGUUGGGUGGUAAUAAUGGUACCACUUUAGUGGCUUCUGUGCUGGCUAACAGAGAUAAAAUUAGGUUUCAUACCAAGGAUGGUGCCAAGGAGGCUAAUUACUAUGGAUCUGUGACUCAGUCUUCGACCAUCAAGCUUGGGAUUGACGAGCAGGGAAAUGAUGUCUAUGUUCCAUUCAACUCAGUCUUACCCUUCGUUUCACCAAACGAUUUUGUCGUUGGCGGUUGGGACAUCAAUGGCGCGAACCUAGGUGAUGCGAUGGCAAGGUCUCAGGUUUUGGAAUACGAUUUACAGCAGCAAUUGAGAGGCGAGAUGGCCAAGACGGUUCCAUUGCCAUCCAUCUAUUAUCCUGAUUUUAUUGCAGCUAAUCAGGAUGAAAGAGCAGAUAACUGUAUUAAUAGAGAUGGUAAGAGCGGUAAUGUGUCUACAAAGGGUAAAUGGUCUCAUGUGGAACAAAUUAGAAAAGACAUAAAGAAUUUCAAGAGUGGUAAUGAUCUAGACAAAGUCAUUGUGUUGUGGACUGCUAACACUGAGAGAUAUGCCGACGUUCUAUCAAAUGUCAAUGAUAAUGCUGACAACUUAUUAGCCGCCAUCAAAAAUGACCAUGAAGAAAUUGCUCCAUCGACUAUCUUUGCCGUGGCUUCCAUCUUAGAGGGUGUUCCAUACAUCAACGGUUCACCUCAGAACACUUUUGUCCCCGGUGUUAUCGAUUUGGCAGAAAAGCAUAACGCUUUGAUCGCUGGUGAUGAUUUCAAGAGUGGACAAACAAAGAUCAAAUCUGUAUUGGCCCAGUUCUUGGUUGAUGCCGGUAUUAAGCCGGUCUCAAUCGCAUCCUACAAUCAUCUUGGUAACAACGAUGGAUUUAACUUGACCUCUGAGAGACAAUUCAAAUCGAAGGAAAUCUCCAAGAGAUCUGUCGUUGACGAUGUGAUCGCUUCCAACAAGAUUCUCUACAACGAGAAGGCCGGUAACAAGAUCGAUCAUUGUAUUGUGAUCAAGUACAUGAACGCUGUUGGCGAUUCGAAAGUGGCUAUGGAUGAGUACUAUUCCGAGUUGAUGCUUGGUGGACAUAACAGAAUUUCGAUCCACAACGUCUGUGAGGACUCUUUAUUGGCUACACCUUUGAUAAUUGACCUGAUCGUUAUGGCAGAAUUUUGCUCCAGGGUCUCUUACAAGAAAUUGGGUAGUGAUCAACAAUCUUACGAGAGUUUUUACUCGAUCUUAUCCUUUUUGAGUUACUGGUUGAAGGCUCCAUUGACUAGAAAGGGUUUCAAGACCAUUAAUGGGUUGAACAAACAACGUCAAGGUAUUGAAAAUUUCUUGAGACUGUUAAUUGGUCUGCCUGCACUCGAUGAGUUGAGAUUCGAGGAAAAAUUGAAAUAA